UUCCAAUUGCAACUUUAGUAAUAUUUUAUCCCUCUUCAUCAGUUGUAGCUAUAGAGUCAAUCAAAUGGGUUUCACAACAUUGGUGGUCAUCGCCAUUUUCAUGGUAUUGGGGAAUUGGGCAUCCCAAGCCAGUUCCCGCACAUUGCAUGAUGAAGUUACCGUCAAGAACCUGCAUGAGCAAUGGGCACAAAAGUACGGACGCACCUAUGCAGACGAUGCUGAGAAGGAAAAGCGUUUCAAGAUAUUUCGGGACAAUGCUGAUUUCGUCGAAAAGUUCAACAACAAAGGCAAUCGCACCUACAAAUUGGGCAUCGAUAAUGUGUUUGCUGACUUGACGUCCCAAGAAUUCCUCACAUAUUAUACUGGAUUCAGGCCUACUCACUUCCCCAAGUCAUCGGCCGGAACUAAAUCUUUCAGGUAUGCAAAUCUCACCAAUGUUUCAGAUACCGUUGACUGGAGGGAGCAAGGAGCUGUGAAUGAGAUAAAGAACCAACGUGAAUGUGGAUGUUGCUGGGCAUUUUCGGUCGUGGCAGCGAUUGAAGGCAUUACCAAAAUCAAAACUGGCAAGCUGGUUUCAUUGUCCGAGCAGCAACUGGUUGACUGUGACAAGAAGAAUGAAGGUUGCAAUGGCGGUAUGAUGGAUACAGCGUUCGAAUAUAUAAAAGGGAACGGAGGUAUAAGCAGCGAAGAGGAUUACCCAUACCAGGGAAGGGAUGGAGAUUGUGACUCUCAGAAAGCAAGAGAGAAAACUGCAACGAUCUCUGGCUAUGAAGAUGUUACUCAGAAUGACGAGGAGGAUUUACGGAAGGCCGUAAAUCAGCAACCUGUCUCUGUUGGCAUUGCUGUUGGAGACGAAUUUCAAUUUUAUGAGAGCGGUGUGUUUACUGGAGGGUGUGGAGAACGUAUGAACCAUGCUGUGACAUUGAUAGGGUAUGGGUAUAGUGAUGAAGAUGGAAUGAAAUACUGGCUGGUCAGGAACUCUUGGGGAACAUCAUGGGGUGAAUCAGGCUAUAUGAAACUUCAGAGAGAAGCUGGUCAACCUGAAGGUCUUUGUGGCAUUGCCUCCGCGGCUUCCUAUCCAAUUAUCUAAUUAUGGAACUUGAUUAAUCCUACCAUGCAAAUGGCUGGCUCUCUCCUCUCAUUUUCUGUACUAGAUUGGCUCAUUUACAUUCCCAUAUUUGAUGCUAUCUCAUAAUUAUGUACCAUGCAUUCUUGGCUGCGAGAAUGCCUUUAUUUGGAACUUGUAUUGUCUAAGCUUAAUUUGAUAUAAAUCCAUUAUAUAUAUAUAUAUAUGAAUAUGCUAGUUUUGAUUUCAAUAUUUA